AUGCCUCACCUGUACAGACUCCUGACCAAUAAGGACCCGCGCAGACAGUCGUCUAUCAGCAGCUAUGACAGGAGGAGGGUGGAAGAUCUUCAGCGGAAUAUGGAGAAUUAUGAGGACAUCAAGAGAGGGUACCUGCAGCUGAAGGACCAGAACCACAGCCUGACAGAAGAGAAGUCAGAUCUCCUGGCAAAGGUGGUUUCCUACAUGGAGGAGAGCAAGAGUACCCAGGAGAGGCUGAGGGAAACCAUGCAAGAAUUGGAUCAGGUUCAUCUGGAGCUGAACAAUGAGCGAGAGAAGAUGACGCUAGAGCGGACUCAGUCCAUCAGGCUGAGGCGAGAGGUGGAGAGUCAGCCAGACUCCAACAGGCUGCUGAGGAAGGUGGAGCUGUUGGAGAUGGAGCUGGCCAAGGAGAGGAGCAAGAACAGGGUAAGGAUGAGGAGCAAGAACAUGGCAGCGUUGAACCCAGCGGUGGCAGACUCAUCUACAGACAUUCUGAAGCAGGAUCUCGAAGACGCCCAGGAAAAAUGUAAGGACAUGGUCGAGGACCUCUAUCGGGCCAGGGAUGAACUGCACAAGUCAGAGCAACAGAAAGAGAAGAUUCGACAGGAGAAGGAAGAGCUGCAGGUUCAGUGUUCCCUCCUGUCCAACGAGAAGAACAACCACAAGAAGUGGAGCGAGACGGCGCUCGAUAAACUCCAACAGGUCGAAAAGGAGAGAAAUGAGGCUUGGCAAGCGAGAGAUGACGCCCAGAUCAACAUGCGCAAGUGCAUCGCUGACAAGGACAAGUACUGGGCCAUGGUCAACGACCUCACCAGCCAGAUCGAGAAAAAGGACACGGAGAUCGGUCAACUCAGAAUCAAGAUGACUAGAAAUAAGAUUUACAGUUCUGCUCAGCAUGACAGUAUCCUGUUGGCUCCGCCCAGAGGGGUGCGAUGUGACUCAUGCGGACAGGCCCUCCCGAUUUACGGACGACAGACUAGCUCCAUCAGCAACAGGUCUUCAGAUGAUCUCGACAUGUUGACCAAGGAGAAGUUCAGGAGGCGAGCCUACGAGACGAAGCACUACGAAAAAUUCUGUCGCUCCCACUCCCUGAGCGACCUCACGCAGGAAGCCGUCGACUCCGCGUUUGAGGAAAUUCCCAAGACGUACAUCUCAGAUGAAUGGGACGACGUUCCUUAUGGGACACUCCAGAGAACAGAGACCACCACUCCGGAGCCCUCCUGUUCUGUUCGCAGUAGGAAGCUGAGUGACAGCGCACGUCUUCCGUACUCCCAGAUUGGCACAGGAAGCCUUAGAUUGGACAGACCCACACGUAAGGUGAAGUGCAACAGCAUUGAGGACGCAGAAUGUGAAGGCUCAGAGACUGCCCCAGACGUACGGUGGGCCCGAGUCCUGUCCGAUUCCUUUACUGUCACAGGGGAUGUACCUCGAGACGAGAUCUGUGACCCGUUCGGUAACGACAGACCUCGCUCACAGUCUCUAAGUGUUCUUGAUGACUACCGAGUUGGAGAAGAUGGGAGUGACUCUGGGGUAGAAGGGGCAGACAGUUGCAGAGUGUUCUCAUCAAGUCCCCGUCCCACGACUGCUCUGACACAAUGGGAGGUGACCUUGCCAGCCAGCGACCUCCAGGUCGAGGUGACCGUUGUCGGGGGCAACAAGGAGGGGAUCUUUGUGGACGGCUGCAGGGAAGGAUCAGAGGCGAGUCGACAGGGCCUGGUGCGGGGGCAGCAGAUAACUUCUCUCCAGUACCACGUGGAUCAGUACGGAAGUGGACGGACGAUAAGAAAAGUCCCCAUGGCCGGCCUGACUCUGGAGGAGGCUCACCAAGCAGUGGAGGAAGCAUGUGGUCAGGUGACGCUGAUAGGUACAGACAACUGGUCGGGUUACCAGGUGUGUCGGGAGCACAUCCUGGUCCUGAGGGGAGGAGACGACUUCUACGUCAGAUCCAACUCUGAUGUGGAGGAUCUGGAUCACAGGAUCAAGGAGGGCGAGAUUCUUCACGUCACCUGCUCAAGGUAUAAGGGGGAUCAGAAAUGGUACGCCAGCCAUGUGGACCCUGACACUGGGGACUUCUCAAACCCUGGACCAAUACCCAGCUCUAAAAGGCUCAAAGAGAAGGAGCUCCAGUCUUCACUGGCCAAGAGCGCACAAAAAAAGCACCUGCAGCUGAAACCCUUCUUUCCGUCUCCUGUUCGCUCCAGAAGCGUGAAACCUCCCACCUCACCAAAGGAAAAGCUUUUCAUGCGCAGUCAGAGUGAACAGACGGGGGCAACUGGUGGUUUCUUUGGUGAGGAGGAAUUGUUGCUCAACCCCUACACCAGACUCAAACGAGUCGAUGUUAAAGGGAAGAGGCCAGUUCUCCUGUUAGGCCCACAGAUGCUGGUACAUAACGUGGCCUUCCAGCUCACCCUGCCCCCCCAUCAGGAGGAGGACCUGCAGUUCGAACUCUGUCCACCUGUUGUCACAGAAAGUGUAGCCACAACCAAAACAGCAAGACAAGAAACAAGCACAGACCAGCCCGGUCAGCGCACAGUGCAGUCAGACAGGAUGCUGGGGGGUCUGGUCUCACAGUACAGCCUGGAGGGCAUCAAGGACAUCAUCAGACAGGACAAACACUGUGUGCUGACCCUCAGUACCGACUGCCUCCAGUGUCUCUAUGACAACAACAUCCAUCCAAUCAUAAUCUUCCUCAAGCCGGGCAGAAGCAAGACCCUCAUGACCCUGACCCAAGGCACGGACAAACAGGUGGCUAAAGACCAGAAGACACAGGCCAUGGACGUCUUCAACUCUCUCAGCCAGUUGGAGGUCAAGCACUUCUGCAUCGAGCUGGACGGGGCCAAGGUCAAGGACAAGGAGGGCAUCGUCUUAGCCAUCAAGGAGCAAGUCAGGAAGGUCCAAGGUGCAAAGAUCCUGUGGUUGGAAGAGGCCAGACCCGUGUAA